CCUGUUAUUCACAACAGGUAAAACGUGUUUACGGUGCGUGUGACGUAAGGCACGUUACAGUAGAGCACCUGUGCGGCACGUGCGAUUCAGCCCACACGGGAGCAACGAUGUGAAAGAGCACCAGCUUGCGAGGUUUCAAUUGGGAACUCAAGUUUUAAGGGGCACAAGAUCGACUGUCCUGAACCAUGGCGACCGAUGUUUCCCACUCUCGAAGCAACAAUGUCGCGACAAACGUAGAGGAGUCCAGCAGGUAGAUCCUGAGGGCGAUGGAUGGUCCAAACAGUGCCACUGGAGCACCAAGGAGAUAUUUAAAAUGAUGAUGUCUUGGAUUUAGCCGGCCCACAUGAGUGAUAUGAAUAACACACUGGAUGGAAUACACACUUCUGGAAGCCUCGGAGAGAAAGCAGAGAUUUUUCAGAGUGGAAAGGGUAAUGCGAGUGGCUUUCCCAGCCCAACCCUCAUCCCUUCGCGAGCUCUUUUACCAAAACCAAAUGCCCAGAAGAUCCGGACAACGCUCAGCAAGAGCAACAGGAGCAAUCGAGAGGGAGACGAGUCAUUUGCUUCCCCCGUUCCGAGCACUCUCCCCGAACUUAUCCCCUCAACCCUCUCCCCCCUCGUGUCUGAAUGUUUAUUACCAUGGACCAAAAGUAGUGCAACUCAGGUGAUCAAAGUUUAUAGUGAGGAUAACACCAGCAGGGCAGUGGAGGUUCCCAGUGACAUCACUGCCCGGGACAUAUGCCAGCUGUUUGUCUUAAAGAACCACUGCAUUGAUGACCACAGCUGGACCCUUUUUGAACACAUCUCUCAUCUGGGAAUAGAGAGAACCAUUGAAGACCAUGAGUCUGUUAUGGAGGUGCUGUCAGGCUGGGCAAUGGACACGGAGUGCCGCCUGUAUUUUAGAAAGAACUUUGCAAAAUAUGAAUUCUUCAGGAAACCCCUGGCCUUUUUCCCGGAUCACAUGGUCUCCAUAUCCAGUGAAACCAAUGGGGCGGUGGAUCACUCUCUGCUCAUACAGACCUUUCUCAACUCCAGCACUUGUCCAGAGAUCCAUGGACAUCUCCACGCCAAAGAGCAGAGCAGGAAGUCUUGGAAGAGGUUUUAUUUUGUCCUGCGCAGGUCGGGGCUUUAUUUUUCCAAUAAGGGAACUUCCAAGGAACCAAGACAUCUCCAGUUCAUCGCCGAUUUCAGUGACAGUGAUGUCUACACAGUGUUGUCAGCCAAAAAGCUACACGGAGCGCCUACAGAUUUUGGCUUCUGUGUCAAGUCCACCAAGUGUAGUUCGGCCCGGGACUUGAAGCUGCUUUGUGCGGAUGAUGAGCAGACCAGGACCUGCUGGAUCACAGCCAUGCGCUUGUUAAAGUAUGGGAUGGAACUGUACCAAAACUUCAUUCAGCCACACCAAAAACAAAAAGCUUCACCAAUGAGAAGUAUCUCAGAGAAUUCGCUGGUGGCGAUGGACUUUUCCGGCCAAAAGACUCGGGUAAUUGAGAACCCAUCUGAGGCGCUCUCUGUGGCUGUAGAGGAAGGCUUGUCAUGGAGGAGAAAGAGCUGCCACCGUCUGAGCAGCCAUGGCAGCCCCUCCACGUCACAGAGCUCAGUGUCCAACAUAGCCCUCCACUUGGCUCAGUCCUGGUUCCACGGCAAACUGUCUCGGGACGAGGCUCAGCGUCUAAUCACUCAACAGGGUCUUAUCGAUGGAGUUUUUCUUCUGAGAGACAGCCAAAGUAACCCGAAGACAUUUGUCCUGUCGCUUUGCCACAUGCAGAGAAUCAAACACUUUCAGAUCUUACCUGUGGAUGACGAAGGGGAGGUAUUCCACAGUCUGGAUGAGGGUCACACGCGCUUCUCCGACUUGAUCCAGCUGGUGGAGUUUUACCAGCUAAACCGAGGGGUGUUGCCCUGCAAGCUCAAACACCACUGUGCCCGGAUCACCCUGUGAACGGGGGGACCCGAGACCCCCAAAGGGGGCCCACUUGCACCUUUACUCCAGGGGCCGUUCUGGACGUACACUCCCGGGUUUCUUGUGCCUUGAAGAAGAAAGAUGUACAGACUCAACAGCUCAUGCUAAGUAAAACCACUGUUAUCGUGCACCAUUGUCCCCAUUCACACUUUGCUGUGUGGUUUCCUACUUAUUUUUAUAUUUCGGACAAAUUUGACAAUAGACCACAUGAUAACUGACCAUGUGCUGAAAAAAGAUGAUGUGCAGUUGUGUUUGUUGAUUGUUGAUCUUUGGUGCCGUAAUGUGCCCAGGUGUGGCCCGUAAAUCAAACCCGACUCGUGUACUUUGUAUUGUAGAGCUGAACGUGUACUGCAAACGGCUCAUGACACUAUGAUGAGAAACCCUCCUACAGUAGUAAAAAUCCUCUGCAAUGUGUAUACAGUAAUUAAAUAUACAAACACCUGUCAUUGUUUUUAAUUAGACACCAUAUCAUUCUGUGAAUUGUUGUACACAACACCUGUCAUGUCAAAUUUUAGUAAAACUAAGCUUAUUUAAUCUUACAUUUCAUUGUCAUUGUAUUUCUAAGCAUUCAGCUAUUUCUUUUAAAGAAAAGAGUGCUUAGAGAACAACAUCAGGAAGUGUCUCUGCACACCUUGUGAGCUGGAUUGAGACUGCUGUAGGGGGAGCGAGGGAGCGAGAGAGAGAGGGGGGGGGGGAGAGAGAGAGAGAGAGAGAGCAUACAACCUCACUAGCUCGCACUGUAAAUUCAUUAUAAACGAUUGUGAUUAAAUGAGAUGUUUCUAUUACAUGAAAUAAGUUGUGAGCUUGGUCUGAAGCAAGGUGGUGAAAUAUGUAUUUCACUCAUUUUAGAUUCUAGCCAUUUACGAUGGAAAUCCAAAAUACUGUGUUACUGAUUUUAAUCAUAUGAAUUCUAUUCAAAACUUAAAUUGAUAUUUAAGUUUUAUAUUUUCCAAAGAUUCAGGUAUACAGUUUUCCACUGCUGUGGAUAAAUAUUGUUUCAGGUAUUGUUUGUUUUCAGUAAGCCAGUGCAUCCGCUUUUCAAAACUACAUUUUAAAUUAGUGACAUAAUUUGAAAUUCCCAACUUUUGUUUUAUUGGGCUUUUUUUUUCAGCUGGACAACAGUGCAGUGAACAAUGAAUGUUAUGGACUGCAUAGUUUUAUAAAAACAAAAGUAUUUGUAAA